GAAAUCAAAAAUUCAAAAACAUUCGCUUCAAUUCACUUGACGACUGAAAUAGUUUUAUCAAUUCAAGGUCAGGAUGUUUGUAUUUUAAUCAAAUCAGUCUCAGUCGCCUCCGUAAAUUGUCAGUAACACAUUCACUAUGUCCUCCUCAAUGAUGAAACUGUUGAAAUCUACAAAUUUUACCCUAAAUCAUGGCAUCCGAAGAAACUACAGCUGUGUACCAACUACAAAACUCUACAUUGAUGGCCAAUAUGUAGAAUCCAAAACCCAGAAGUGGAUUGAGCUCACCAACCCGGCCACAAAUGAAGUCAUUGGAAGUGUACCAGACGCAACACAAGAAGAAUUGUGCGCGGCGUUGGGGGCUGCAAAGAAUGCAUUUAAAUCAUGGGGGCGAAGCACUAUCAUGACUCGUCAACAAGUUAUGUUCAAAUUUGGACGUCUCCUGCGAGAGCACCAAAGCAAGCUGGCGGCCAAGAUCACUGAGGAGCAGGGCAAGACCACGGCCGAUGCGAUGGGAGACGUGCUUAGAGGCAUCCAAAUGGUGGAACAUUGCUGCAGCAUCACUACCCUGCAGCUUGGGUCCUGUAUUCAGAACAUCGCCAGGGAUAUGGACACGCACAGUUACAAGACACCAUUGGGAGUUUGUGGAGGCGUGGCGGCAUUUAACUUCCCGGUGAUGAUUCCACUGUGGAUGAUCCCGCCGGCGCUGGUCACGGGCAACACGUACAUCAUCAAGCCCUCGGAGCAGGAUCCCGGCGCCACGCUCAUGAUGAUGGAUCUCCUUCAGGAGGCUGGACUCCCUGCGGGUGCUGUUAAUGUGGUGCACGGUACGCACCCCGUGGUGAACUUCUUGUGCGACCACCCCGACAUCAAGGCCCUGUCGUUCGUCGGCGGCGACGCAGCUGGCAAGCACAUAUACUCCAGGGGUUCAGCUAAUGGCAAGCGCGUCCAAAGCAACAUGGGGGCCAAGAACCACGGCGUGAUCAUGCCAGAUGCCAACAAGGAGCAUACGCUCAACCAGCUGGCGGGCGCCGCCUUCGGGGCCGCGGGGCAGCGCUGCAUGGCGCUCAGCACCGCAGUCUUUGUAGGUGAAGCUAGGGAAUGGGUUCCAGACCUGGUGAAGCGUGCGGAGGCGCUAAAGGUGAACGCGGGCCACGUGCCCGGCACUGACGUGGGCCCUGUCAUCUCGCCUGCAGCCAAGCAAAGGAUCCUCAAGCUCGUCGAGUCGGGUGUGAAGGAAGGCGCCAAGCUGGUAUUGGAUGGGCGCGGCGUCAAAGUAGCCGGAUUCGAGAAAGGCAACUUCGUCGGUCCCACCGUUCUCACAGAUGUGACGACCAAAAUGACAUGCUACAAGGAAGAAAUCUUUGGACCCGUAUUAAUCUGCCUCAACGUGGACACUCUAGAUGAAGCAAUUCAAAUGAUCAACAACAACCCUUACGGCAACGGAACAGCUUUAUUCACCACAAACGGAGCAACCGCCAGGAAAUUCACGGCAGAAAUCGACGCAGGUCAAGUGGGAAUCAACGUGCCUAUUCCCGUACCUCUGUCAAUGUUCUCGUUCUCUGGCACUCGGGGCAGUUUCCUCGGAACCAACCACUUCUGUGGUCAACAAGGUGUUGAUUUCUUCACGGAAUUAAAGACUGUUACGUCGUUCUGGAGGCACAGCGACGUUUCUCACACGAAAGCUGCUGUUGCUAUGCCCACACAGCAAUAGAUGUUCAUGAUCAAGUGUUCAUGUUGGAAUUGGGAAUGAAACAUGGUAUUUUAAGAGAAAACUAAAAAGUUAAAUGACUAAGUUUAAAUAUGCUGUCUGGAAAUGUUGAUUAUCGUAGUUAUUUAUUAUUUCUAAAUAUUUAAAAAUCAUGUAACGUUUAUUUAUCAAAAUGCCAUUAUUCGAUCUCGUGCCAUUUAUGUACCUAAUACAGGAAUUUGUUAUUAUUCAAUUAGGUAGCCCAAUAAUAAUAAUAUAUUGAAAUUAUAUAUUUUUGUACUGUAUACCUAGCGGUUACUAUGCUUGUUGCACACAGAGCAGGGAAUGCGGCACAUUUCGGCCGAGGCGCGGGAUUCUGUCUGCCUAUUCAUACGAAAUCCCGCACCCAGCCCCAAAAAAAGAACAAUACUCAACUGUCUUCCAAUUCCUUAGGUAUUGUUAUUCUAUUAAUUUGUUAUACAAUUCAAAGUCUGAAUUCUGAAUCACUUGUACGUAUAUACAUACAUAAACGCAUGUAAUCCCUAAUGGGAUGGGCAGAACCACAAUGUAAAGAUAGCUUGCAGCCACUUUUGAUACGAAAUCCUAAGUUGGAUCACUAUCACACACGGACACGGUUAACUAUAAUAAUAAAGAAAUCGCAGUAACGAACCUUAGACUUGGCACCACUUUGUCUAGAUUUCAUUACUUUUUAAACAGCUCCAUCGAGACUUGGCUAGUUUUUUACAGAAUGUUUUUGGUAGGAUUACUUUUUACUAAACGUCAAAACAUGAAAUUGCUAUGGAAUUUGUAUGAAAAAGCACACUGUGACGUCAUAGAAAGAUGUCGGUUCACUAUUACGUUUUUCUUGAUUAAAAUUCUUAAAUAAGUAAAAUAGAAAAAAGAAAAUGUUUUUCGUUAGUUUUAGAUCUGUAUUUAUUUAGUAAUUAGUAUUUAUUAAUUUAUCUAGAACCUAACACGGCCCAAUUAUAUAUAUAUCGUCGCCUUAUCAUGAAAACCACGUAAGCGCCUGUUUAAAAAAUACAACAUGAAUGUGGUUUUAGUUAACAAAACCUCGCAAUAGGAAGCUGGUACCAAUCCAGGUAAAUAUUUGAGGUCUCAAUGUUUACCCGUAUUGAAAUAAAGUGAAAGGAGUCGCGAUUUUGUGGAAGAUAAUCACAUGAAUGUGAUUUAAAAAAAAAAAGCGCUUACGUAUUUUUCUCUAGACGUAAAAUCAUUAUGCUUUAUUCUAUGCCACUAUAUUAUAUCCUUCUUAGGACUCUGGAUCAAAAAUGGCUUGUCAUUUGUACACCGACUUUUUACUCAAAAUAAAUUGUUAUAUUCUA